AUGACUGUCAAGGUCUUUUUAACCGGCGCAACAGGCUACAUUGGUGGCACUGUACUCGACUAUGUUUACAGAGCUCACCCCGACUACGAGUACACCGUUUUUGUGCGAAGCGAAGAACGAGCCAAGCCAAUCAAGGCCAAAUACCCCAAGCUCGACUUUGUCUAUGGCGCGCUGGAGGACUCUGAGACUUUGAUGGAUGCGGUUGCCAAAACCGAUGUUGUGAUUCACACGGCCGACUCUUCGGACAAUGUUCCCGGGGCCACGGCCAUUGCCAUGGGUCUGGAAAAAGGCCACACUCCGGAAAAGCCUGGCUACUGGAUUCACCUCUGCGGCACCUCGAUUCUGACCUGGUAUGACCAGAAGCACGACCGCGAGGGCGAGCCGCCGCUGCCAGAACAGACUUACCACGACAUCGACGAUAUCAAGCGUCUGGUGACUCUGCCCGACUAUGCCCAUCAUCGGAAUGUCGACAUUCUGGUUCAGGAAACCAUCUCGGACGCUGUCAAGGUUGCCAUCCUCUGCCCACCCACAAUCUACGGCGAGGGAUCGGGACCAGUCAACAGGCGAAGCAUCCAGGUACCCGAGCUUGCCAAGGCUACCCUCAAGGCAGGCUAUGCGCCCGUCAUUGGCAAGGGCGAGACGGAGUGGGACAAUGUGCAUAUUGACGACCUGGCCGACUUGUUUGUCAAGGUGCUGGAUGCCACCCAAAACCCGAGCAAGAGCAAGAACCCGGAAAUCUUUGGCCUGCACGGCUACUUUCUCGCGUCCAACGGGGUACACCGCUGGUCAGAGGUGUCGCAGUGGAUUGCGGACGAGGCCGACAAGCAGGGAUACAAGCCUGGGACGAAGACUAAGACUGUUACACUGAACGAGGCCGAGCGCGUCGCGGGACCGGCUGCGGCGAGCUUUGCCAGGAAUUCCAAGGGAAUCCCGCAGCGUGCUGAAAAGUACCUAGGAUGGAAGCCAAAGGCGCUGGGUCUAAAGACAAGCAAGGCAUAG